UCGAUGCUUGUGUACAAAUGGGGAGUGCAUGCAAUAACACGUCUCGUCGACAUUGAAGACAAUCUUGCAACAACACUGGCCAAAUCUCUGAAAGUUUUCUCGUUGAAAAUGACUGCUGUUUAAAUCGAAAAACAGUUAUAAUGUUCACUGUUUCAUCUGUGCAAAGCGUGCUUCCAUUUGAGCGAGAAAAGGAUUUAGAUGAGUUAUUAUCCAGUGAUACUCCAAAUGAUGAAGUCCAAUCUGUAUGGGCUACCACGGGACACCUGUUCCUUUCUCUCAACAAUGGAUUCGCAAUGAAGGCAUUUGACACAGCACCUGUCAAUCAAAAGGUGCCUAAAGAUAAGAGAGUUCUGACUGUUCACCAGACUACAUCAGAAAUAAUUGACGUUUGUGCAUUGAAGAGAAAGACUGCACCUGUUUACAUUGCUCACAGCAAUGGAGUGUUAAAAGUUUGGUUGUACUCUAACACUGGUGGAUGGGUACACCUAGGUAACAUUAACGUCUGCACAUCACAGAAAGCAACAUUACAUGCUAUCACUAUAGAUGAGGGAAGAGGGAGGGUCAUAUGGGUCGAAGGUCAAUCUAAUGGGAUUCAAGAUGGCUGCCAUUACAGUGUGUGCACAAGAACCAUUACAUUUGAAACAACUAAUGUGAAAUACAGUGUCGGACCUGCAACAACGUUACUCCAGAAUUGUCCACAUUGUGCCCUCUAUUCUUCACCACUAGCAAUCAGUAUUUGGCCAAGUGAUCCAUGUCCGAAGGGGCUUUAUUUCACCUGGCAUUCGGAUUCCUACCGACUAAAGAACCAACUCAAUACCAACGUCCUCAGCAGAGGGCGCUGUUUAUCCGAAGAAAGAGCCGACAUGGUUGUUGAUUUCAAAUCAGCAGCUUCUAAACUCAGGCACAUUUGGGUACAGACAGCCUCACACCCAAACCUAGAUGUCAUUGCUAGAGCUAGCCAUCUGUCUACUGGUGUAUUGUUUCUUCUAUCUAGUAAUGGCUACGUACAUUCUCUCAAUGGAGCUGAAGAGUGUUUGAAUGCUUUCAAGCUGCCAGAUUGCAUUGAUGUAGCGCAGGGCUCAGAUUGGUUUGCAUAUAGACAUACUCUAGGUGCUAUCUUCAAGGAUCGUAUAAUCAGACUAUUCAGCAAGAAAAGUGGAGAGCUCUUGCAAGAAUUGAACGUAUCGGCGAUGUCAACAAACCAAGAUGUGAAGCUGUUUAGUACAGUGGGAACAAUACCCAGAGUGGGUGUGUGGACUUCAAAAGGAAUCUGGCUUCUUCAGAUGUCCAAUGUCCAGUCACUGUCGUCUAACAUCAGCAAGUCGGAGGCCAUCUCAACACUCCGUGACUUCAAUGAGGACAGACUAGCUACACAGACAGCUAUUCAGGACGCUUAUAACACCUUCUCAGGCAAGAGUAACGAAGUAAUGGAUGAGAAUGAAGGACAAGCCGUCGCUGGAGAGGGUUUUCAGAAUCCUAGUCUAAUGGUUGCGUUAAUGAAGGGUGCCGAUGAUAAACACAAACCAGCAGCUAGUCAAGUCCUUGAAUCUCUGUAUGAUGAGAAAGAUACAAAGCCAGAAGUCAAGACGAAGUUGAAUGAAAGUAUGAAUCCACUACUGCAGCAAUACUGGCAGCUAUACCAACAGAAGAUGGAUGUGUGGGAAGGACAAGUAAACGCUGCCCAGAAGCCUUACACAGUUAAGAAGGAAGUUUUAAGACUACUAGAUAGCACCUCGACCGUAUCAUCGAAUGUCAAGAGAUCUCAACUGACGCUUUUAUGUCUUCAUUUUCCCAUGGCAACCCUGUCCAGCUUCCUGGAUGCCCUCAAUGUUGGCUCCAUCGAUGACAAAGGUCAUGUGACGUUUCAAGCUAUCCCAUUGGAUGAUGAAGAGUUGGACUUAUCGGUUCCUGUAAUCUCAUUGGCUGCUUCUGCUCCUGACUCAAACUCGGGAUUGCCGAUAUUUGAAACUAUCUGCCGGCUGAUCUACAAAGAAACACCCACACAGCUUGUUGAUUUUGUGCAGCUGUGCCAACAGAUACGAGAUAAAGUUACAGAUGAAUCAGCCUUCUUGAGGAAAAAAUGCGUGGGUAAGCUGUAUGACAUUGCGCUUGGCAGUCUGCCAGGACCAGACCAUUCCAGGAAUAGGGAAGGAGCAGUACUAGCCAAAGCAGAACUCUUGCACCUCAGCUCAAUAUCUCAUGGUCACCUGAACGCUCUGAAGCUUCUACUGAAACACAAGUUAUGGUCAGAGUCUAUCAACCUCGUCCAGAAACUUGCAGACAAUAGUCUGACUCAUUCAGAGCUUUUCCAUGUCCUUCUUACAUCGCUACUACAGGAGCGAGAAAUCAUUUCACAAUACUGUGAUCAGCUGUGGGGUUGUCUGCCUAAACAGAUAAGUUCCUUAGAAUUCUUGAAGCUUCUGACAACUCAUCACCAACCGAGCAAUCCCAGAAUCCAUCUGUGUCAACAGGUCUUAUGCCGACCUCAAGAUGACCUCCAGAUUGGCAUGGUCAGGAAUCAACUCAUGAAAAUGCUGCAACAAGAAAAGGUCAAAGGUCAAUAAGGUGUAAUGGCUGCAUCUUGUGAGUACUGAAAUAAUUUGUAUGCCAAAGAAAUGAAAUGUAUGUAUAGUCCAAGUCUAUAUUUUGUGUUUGACUUGAAACUUAAAGGGUCUAUGUAACUUUUGUUGGACAAAAACACAAUGGCCACAGAUUUACA